AUGAAGGCCAUCGGCGCCCAACAAUGGCUCACAGAACUGCCGCAGCAGUUUGUCUUCCCCGCGAAACAACGCCUCGUUUCGCAUCAAUUCCAAUCACAGCUGAACCAGCAUUUCUUGAACCAACGUCUCUGUGAGACACAAUCUGCCAUGGCCAGCCAUGCUUGGAACGUAUGUCCACCACUGCCGCUAUCUCCUCGUGCUGAUAUCGACGGCGCCCGGGAUAUUCUCAAGUUCGAGGGCGGCCCCCCUUUGGACCAUGUUGACGGAUUCGCCGCUGUUGAGGAUGGCUUCCGUACGUCAGGACCGCAUCAGAGCCCUUGGGACGUCGUGCCAUCUCAUAUACCCUCGCACCAGCCCGACCAGGCCUCAGGACUGAACAGUGAUCACGACGUCGUCUCGACUAGCAGCACUCUACAGUCGAGCCUCGUCUCGCACAGUGGUAACAGCAUCAACGAUGCGGCAGACAUCUGGUCAUUCCUUUUUGAGAACCAGGCCUUCAUGAAUGCUCAUCCUCCAUCCCACACCUCAUCGUCUGGGCCAACUCAGAUCAGUCAAGAUCAAUGCUCCGAAGUCGCCGUACCCUCGAAUAUGCCUUCACCUUACUCACCAAGCUUUGGAACCCAGACGGGCAACAUCACUUCUUAUAACAAGGCUUGGAUGGGGUCACCGUCGGCCGCGCCACAAAACCCCUAUAACCAUUCAUGGGAGCUGGUCAACCAGAUCAAUCAGUACUCGCAAGCCUUCGAUCAUCCACAGCCUGGCCUCGCCACAAAAUACCAUGGUCUUCCGUUCAAACCAGCUACGUCCGCCCCGGAGCCACAGCCAUCCACCGAGACAGAAGCUACCAAGAAGCCUUCUCUCAAGGGUCCAUGGUUCGACGACGUCAACCCAAGAUGGCCUGACUAUGCGGCAAUCGGGAUGAGCUUCUCGAGUGACAGCGAGAUAGCAUCCCCGGUCUCUCCCAAGAGCCGCGGCGUUGAGCGAGCUAUGCUCGACAAGAAGAGCUUCUGGAGCAACAGGCUCAGCAGCACAGACUCCACCAGCGCCAUACCCAUGCCGAUGCUAACCCACUCGCAAGCCUCGCCCGCCUCUGACUGGAACGAUCUGUCGAGCAGCCAUCCGGGAGAGCAGAAAGCGCCAACCAUCGAGAGCAACGUGGGCUGCCCUCAACGCACCCUGCGUUCCCACACACAGAACUGCCUCGCCACCGUGCCACCUCAGACGACAAUGACGACGGUGGACGACGACGAGGAGUGGCCGGCGUCUCCGCAACACAAGAACAACGGCAAGAAGGCCCGGAAGGACGAUCUGCUGGUGCAAUGGAAGAAGGCGGGAAUGUCGUAUCGGCAGAUCAGGGAGAAGGGUGGAUUCACCGAGGCCGAGUCAACGCUCAGGGGCCGCUACCGGACGCUGACCAAGAGGCGCGAGGAGCGGGUGCGCAAGCCGCUGUGGACGCAGACGGACGUGCGGCUGCUGCGCGAGGCGGCGCUGCUAUACUCAGGGACCGAGGCCGAGGAGCUGGAGAUGGACGUCGACGCGAACAAGGUGCCGUGGAAGAAGGUGGCGGACUACAUCUGGGAGAACGGCGGGUCGUACCACUUUGGCAACGCGACGUGCAAGAAGCGCUGGCUGAAGAUCCAGGGGAUGCUGUGA